UUGUCUUGUGAGGAAGGCUUUGUCAAACCUUUUUUUUUUUGAGGCUCGAGGUUUUUAAUUAGGCGGGUCCGGAGUUGGACAGGUCUCGAAUGAUCUUCGCACAAUGAUUGUACGCAUUCGUUUGAUCGCCAAUUUGAAGGAAAUAGGCGGGUUCCGUCGUUUGAACGCCAACCGGGGCCGGGGCGAAUAGGAUUUGGAGAAAAGGGAAGUAGGGGAUAUUCCGUCGCGGAGCGUGCACGUUGGCGUCGAAGACAAUGGAGAUAGGGAUGUGGAGCACGUGGGACGAGCUCUUGCUCGGAGGCGCCGUGCUCCGGCAUGGGACUGGAGAUUGGGACCGGGUCGCGAUGGAGCUUCGAGCCCGGAUCGCUUGGCCGUGUGAAAUCACCCCUAAGGUUUGCAAAGCCAAGUAUGAGGACCUGCAACGGCGAUUCUCAGGGCGCACAGCUUGGUUCGAAGAAUUACGAGAACAGCGAAUGGCGGAGUUGAGGCGAGCCUUAGAGCAAUCCGAAAGCUCUAUUGGGACUCUGGAAUCGAAGCUCGAAUUUCUCAAGGCAGAGGGCGAACCUUAUUCCAACGCCGAUUAUGACUCCAGCCGGACAGUAUCGGUUGUACCAGUUCAGAACUCAUAUGGAGCGAAAUCAUAUCGAAGACAGGCACUGGAAGGUGCACUCUCAGAUAGCUUCACUCAAGAAGUCUCUACUAGCUCCUCAGAUGGUCGUGUUCAACUUUCAGUUGAGACGGAGACUAAGCCGGGUAUUUCCAAGUCGUCUAAGCGAGACAAGGAUCGCAAGGUCAAUAUGAAGCUCCAAGAGCUAUGCAGGGGUCAAAGAGGUUUCCUUACGAAGAAGAGAGGUCUGAGAAAAAGGAAGAAUUGUGUUGUGCAAAUUAAAGAAGGGAGUGUAGGAGAAAGCGAAUUCAUGGGCCCGGCUGAUGUUUUGACGGAUUCUCAGAGUCGUAAAGGUCGGAGGAAGCAGACUGUCAAUGAUCUGAUGAGGAUCUUCGACUCUGUCGUGGAGCACAAGAGCGCCAGCAUAUUCUAUCGUCGACUUAAUUGCCAGAAGAGAGGAAGAUACAAGAGAUUGAUCCGCCAACACAUGGAUUUUCACACCAUAAGAUCAAGAAUAUCGAGCCUCGCCGUAACAUCUUCCACAGAAGUGUUCCGAGAUCUUUUGCUCCUCGUAAACAACUCGUUGGUCUUCUAUUCCAGAAGGACAAGGGAGCACAAGUCCGCAUUGCUCCUGAGAGACAUUGUCACCCAAAAACUGAGGCAACACUAUAAAGGGUCCGACUUCGUCCACGCUGACGCUCCGGUCAGGCCUCGAAGCGCCAUUCGUCGCAUGGCGCCCACGUUGCCCCCCAGGGCUUCGAAUGCCAAUAGCAUGGUUUGGACAGCAUCAUUGGGAAGCAAGAGCGCAGGCAACUCCGACUCCUCCCCGUCGGCGGAAUCUUCGGCUAUUGGCAAGAGAAGUUCGAUCUCGAAUUGGCGGCGGAAACGUAGAAUUACAAAUGAUGGCCCAAGAUCUGUGAGGUCUACUAGGGGAAGAAAGAGAGUUAGGACAAGGUGAACAAGUGCAUGGUUUUUUUCUUCAGAAGGAUGGACCUGGAUGCAAAUACUUUGUAGGUUUAGGGUCUUUUUGUAGUACAGGCAUCCAGUCUCUUCUGUCUCCUGUUAUUUUUGUGGGUUCCUAAUCCUAUAGGGACUAUAGGCUUUGUUGUUACUGUUGUUGUACAUUCACACAAGUCUUACUUGUAAAAGCAGAACUCCAUUGUUUCGUAUUUAAACAUAGUGUUUUUUUUU